GUCUAAUAGCACAUUCUGCACAGAGGCAUUCCUAAGCAUCAUGGGAAAAGAGUCCAGCCCCAUAGAACAAAGCCAGGCAGAAGCCUUGAAGGCCAGACUUCUCUAUCAGGACGUUUGCUUGGCAGCUCAGCAUCUUGACUUUUUCCUUCGAAAAGGAAAUGCUCACAAAGAGGUUUUCAAGCCUCAUGUCCUGGCCCUCAGGGCUAUGGUUCAGCAAGUCUGCAUUAAACUCAUGUUCUUGCACCCAGUGGAUUAUGGGAGGAAAGCAGAAGAACUAUUGUGGAGGAAAAUGUACUCUGACGUUGCUAUGUUGCUAAUGAAGACCAACAGGAAACCCAUGGACACCUUCAAACACUGGGAGGGCCACCUUCGGGUUCACCUGAGGGCUGGUCUCCACUUCUAUGAACACCUCUUCCUGUUCCUACAGGGUCACUACGAGCUGAGGUUACAGAGCUGCAUCGACUGGCCACACAGAGCCACAGUCCACCUGAUUGGUUGCAAGAAGGUAGGCCCCACCUCGGAGGAAGAGGUAGCCUGGGCUCGAAUGGCCUGCCAUCGCUGCCUGCUGUACCUGGGAGACUUGUUCCGCUAUCAGAAUGAGUUCUUGUCCCUGGCCACUGUGGACCUGGCGGAGCGGUGUUACUACAGAGCCCUAUCAGUGGCCCCACACAUGGGAAUGCCCUUCAACCAGUUGGGUGCACUCAUUGGAAAUAAGUACUAUGAUGUUGAAGCCACAUACUUCUACCAGCGCUGCCUCCAUUCAGAAGUGCCUUUUAAAGGGGCGUCUUGGAACCUCAAACGACUCUAUGAUCAUGCAGGAAAAAGGUACAGCCGCCUGAAAAGGUACCAGGGGAAGAAGCUCUCUCCCAGCCAGAGGCAGUGUUGGGAUAACAAGAGGCUGCUGGUAAGUUUCCUCUACCUCCAGAGCCUCUUUCAGCCUCAGAGGAAAUUCAGAGCGACCAGGUUGAUGGCCCUGUGCCAGCUGGUUCUGGAAGAUUUUCGUCUCUGUCUUUCCUAUCGGCCUUGCCCGUUUGACCUGAGCCAAGCUCAGGCCUUCACAGAGAGAAAGCCCCCCAAAGGCUAUUUAUUUCUCCCAGAUCUUCUCAUCUUCCAUAUGGUGAUCCUUUGCCUCAUGAAUGUGCACAACCUGAGGAAAACAGACUCGAAGCAGCACAGGCCAGCUGCCCUCUUCACCUUGACCCUUUUCUCUCACCUAAUUCAACACGUGAAUACCCGAAUCCAGGCUGAGCUCCAGAAAGGGACGCAGACUCCAGUGGUGGCCGUCCCCAGUGACAGAAACCAGGAGCAAGAGUCUGGGGAGAGGUGUUCUGGGCCCCCCCACAGCAUAUCUCAGAAAAGCCACAGGUCAUCUUGUGUUUCUAGUGAGGGUUACAACUCAGAAGCCAGUUUUCAUUCUUGCUGUGACUCAGAUGAAACAGAUGAGGAUGAAAAUACAUCCUUAAGCUCGCAGACCCAUUCAGAAACAAGCAGUGAAACUUCUUAUUCGGAUACAACGGAUGAAGACGAAAGGGCCUCCCUGAAUCCAGAAGCAAGGCAAGAAAGUGGGGUCAAAUCCAAACGUAGCAUUGCCCAGACCAGGGAUGAGCUGAAGACUCGCAGAUCUACUAAUAGUCUUCUAGAUCUUUUGAGAACAACCAUUUCUGCUAACCUGCCAGUCCCGUUGAGCCAAAAACUCCAAGUAAAGCACAGCCUGCACAUGGCUCCUGUCUUCGGUUGCAGUAUUCCGACCCCGCUGUCUGAGCUGAGCCCUGCCUCUGGCCAUCCAUCUGGCACAGAGGAUAUGAGUAGCUUGCCUGAGAUAGAGCCUCCCACUGGCUCCCUGGGGCAGGAUGCCUCCACUGGCCAGUCUGGCAACAAUCUCCAGACCAUUCAGAAGAAAUUGCGGGUCCUCUCUGCAGAGGGACUGCUGCCCACUGUCAAGGUGAUCCUGAGUUGGCUCCGCACCAAUCACAGCCUCCUCACCUCAUGUUGGCGGGUUCCACUUAGCCUGUGGGAUCACCUGUCUGUCCUGCUGAACCUGUUGCCCUCCAUGGCUGAUCUUCAGGAACCAGGCCUGGGCCUGUCCCACCAUCUCCAGGAUCUGCUGCAGAACUGUAAGGGCCCAAAUAUCCCCAGGUGCCUGCAACUCCCAGAGGACCUGGCUCUGUGCCAUCACUCUCCACUGCAGGUCUCCCAGGAGAGGGUGUGCUCAGAGCAGGAACUACCUCCGCUCAGCUCCCAGGAUGAAGCUGCUGUGCGCAUCUGCCUCCUCAGAAGCUUUGGCCACUUUGCAACUUCGCUCCCUGGACAGUUCCUGAGGUUUGACUCUAAGUUGGGGGUCUUUGUGAGCACUGCUCUUGAAGGAUCAGAAAACUACUCUCAGCAAUUUCUUGAAAAAACUUCAAGGAUCAGGUUUUCCAAAGACAUUGUUCAGCUCUGGCUUCAGCGUGAGGUGGUGCAUCUGGAGAAGACCCUCCGGGGCCUCCAGAUUCAGUCAGCCUUGACCCCUUACCUGUUCCCUGACCCUCGCGCUCUCUGUGAGCAUCUGCCAGUCAUCCAGCAGCUUGCUACCAGUGGGAAGUUCUUCCUCAUCAUACCUAAGAUUGUGGUCGACAUAUUGUAUGUACUGAGGAGAGAAGAUCACAGAGCUUUGGCAGCCAUCACCUUUCUAGAGGAUGAGCUGAAGAGAGGCAACCAGUACAUUCUGUGUCAGUCCUUUGUGUCCAAGAGGUUUGUGAGGCCCAGGAUGACCAGGCCAGACUCUGAUGCCUGGGAUCUUUAUAACAUUCUAGACUUCUGCAAGGGUCUGCUGGAAUCAUCCAGGCCGGGGCCAUCCAACCCCAGCAGCAUGGUCACCAUCAUCACUGGCAUCUGUUUGAACAACCCAAGGAAUUUCUCAUACCCCUUGCAGCUGGCACUGGGGACAGCGACUGAAGCUGGUGUGGAAGUUAAGAACAUCCGACGCUUCCACAGGGAGUGGAAGGCCAUCAGCUGACGUGUUCCAUCUCGCUUCCUCCUUGUCCUCCCUCAGCACUUAUAGAUCAAGUGCAAUCUGUUCACCUGGCUUGUAAGCACCUAAUGUUAAAGGUAGACAUUGUGUGAAUGCAUAUUUGUAUCUACCUGUGGGUAGAGAUUCAGUAUACAGGCUUCCAGAGGCCUUCAUAUUUCCAACUUUGUCAUCAUGGCUUCAUAUAAUGUUCUUUAUCUGCAAAAUAAUCUCAAGGUUAAAACAUCUCAGUGCUUAGUAUUCUAUGGUGCAACAGCAAGUUAAGGAAGCGUUUCCAAGUCCAAGUGCAGCUUCAUGGAACUGUAAUUUGCUUAGCUCUGUUUUGUGACAUGAAACUUUUCAAGCUGUUUUAUUGUGA